CACAUCUCACUCGCUAUUCAUAUAUUUACUCACUACCUUCUUGUUUGCCACACUUUCUUUAGUGUCGUCCAACUUGUCUUUGUCAAGUGAAAGUAUAUUUAUUUAUGGUGCAUUGUAUUUUUAUCGAAUUACUUUGUACUCCAAGUCCAAGGGUAUUUUCAAGGGGAUAGAUUUCAAUUUCAUAAACUAUGGAUCAAGAGGAAACAUUGGUUGAUGUUCCACCUACUUUGAAAAGUGAGGAACUUUCGACGACAACUGCCGCCAGCACUAAUGAUGAUGACGACGACAAAGCUCCACCACCCCCUCCGGUCGAGGAAGUAUCAUAUCCCAUAACUGUGAUUUACUGUGGAAAUUGUGGGCUUCCACCUGAGUAUUGCGAGUAUUAUCCAGACUACGACAAUUGUCGAGUAUGGUUAGAAGCAAACUUACCAGAUUUCGGAGGGUUGUCAAUCAGCGAGGGUGGUGGUGAAGAAAAGAAGAAGGGGCGACAAAAGCGAGGAGGGAAAGGUCUGGUUUCAGCAAAGAAACCUGGAGGAAAGACGGGUCCCAAGAAAAUCUGCCUGUCUCGAGCCCCACGAGGAAAAAGGAAAUCAGUAACAGUAGUAACUGGACUGGGGACAUUUGGGGUGGACUUGAAAAUAGCUGCAAAAUUCUUCUCCUCCAAGUUUGCGUGUUCAUCCUCAGUUACCGGUGAUGAUGAAAUUGUCAUUCAGGGGGAUGUAAAGGACGAACUUUUUGAUUUGCUCCCUGAAAAAUGGCCAGAAGUCGAUGAAGAUUUGAUAGAAGACUUGGGAGAUCAAAAACGAUAAUAACCACACCGAGCUUGGCUGAGUUCAAGCACAGUGCAAUGAUGCCGUGUGAAUUUAUAAAUUCUCAAUUUUAUUGUUUACUAUUUGCUAAAUCGUCAAUAUUCAUAAUAACAAAAUAUUUAACAUACAGUGUGAAAGUUUAA